AUGUUCUCGAAGAGAAAAGUAAUAAAGCGGAACAUUCGCAAAGUCACGGGGGACGACAACUCCAAUUUGAAUGGGCUCCCCAAAGAUGAGGGAAAGGAAGAUUCUACUCAGGAAGAACCCACAGUGGGGAUAACAAGAAGCGAAAUACGCGUCGAAGGGAGUGAGGUUGUAGUUCCACCCCCCAUCGAAGGGGGAUCUGCAACCCAAGACGACGACAUCAGUAUAAGGGAGCAACCGGAUGAGGAAAAACGUGAGGAAGCAUUUGGGAGGGACACUGAGAAGGAAGAAAGUAAUGACCAAGUGGAGAAGGGAUCACAUGCGCCCACCAAGAAGGGAAAAGUCAGCAGAAAGGAGAAGAAGAAAAAUGAAGAGACGAGAAAGGUUAAUAGGAUGAACACAAGCUUCCACAUCUACAGUGACGAUGAAGACGACUGUUAUGUAGCCAUUCGGAAGAGGAAGCCUGCACAGAAGAGCAUCCAAAGUGGAUCUAUCCAGGUGGAUGAUUCACUCGACACGGUGCAAGCAGUCAAAGAGGUGGAGGUUAACCCCAUCGGAAGUAACGCUGAACAGAGGGAACAACUCCCAGCGGGGUUAUCCUCACGGGAGUUUCUCAUUCGAAGGUAUGGGGUAGAUCUACACGAAGGUCCUAUCCAUCGAACAGGACAAGAAGAGUUACCUACCGAUGAGGAGGGAAAUAAUACUGCAUGUGCAAUUGGGGGGCAAACAAACAUACGAACGUACUCCACACAGGGGAACGAAACUGCACCCAUGGGAACAAACUCUUUUGUGUGCGAUCCUGAAGCGGAGCGCUAUGGAGAUAGCCCUAUCGAUAUGAACAGCCUCGAUGGGAGUACAAACCAAGUUAAAUACUGGCACAACCAGAGGGGGAGUUGUCGAAGGGAGGAUGACCAAACGGGGGGGAGAUACCCACAUGUAGCUUUCCACCAAGAGGAAGCAGCUACAGAGGAAGAUGAGGAGGAAAAAAAACUCAUCGAAAGGAUAAAGCUGAAGAAACAAAUAUUAAGGAAAAAAAAAAAACUCACUGAUAGGUACAGCUACCUACUGGAGGAGGAGGACCACGAAGGAGAGGAGCCUGUCGGUGUUGAUUUUUCCCUGGGGAUGACUACACAGCAGUUUGGUGGAAAGAAGAAAAUUACAACAUGGGAAGAGGAUGAAGACCAGCACGCACUAACCGAAGACGACCUCGACGUGGACGAUAUUUACAACUACGAAUCGCUAAGCGAAAUGAAAAACAGACUGAUCAUAAAAAAAAAUAAAAGUGACGAGGUGGACAGAUUUUAUGAAGUAGUAGGUGAAGUGCCAACUGAGGGGGAUCCCCACCAAACUGGUACCUUCACUAGGGAGUAUAUAAAACAAAUGCACGAAGACGAAAUGAUUAGCAAAAUUGUAGACACAAAAAUCAUGUCACAGUUGAAGAUGGAGAAGAGGGACUUCCCCCAUAGGAUCACCCACCCGGAAGAGGGUAACACAAGUGAUCCAUUUUUUGGUGAAGUAUCCAAACAGAGUGACGACCCAGUUUGGGUAAAUGUGAAGAAGGAUUCUUUGCAUGGCAAUGGUCUGCCUGGCCCCCAUUCAGACUUCCCCACCGAGGAAGAAGCAGACGGUUGGCAGGUAAAUGGAUCCGACAAUGCGCAAAAUGAUAAGGAGGAGAAAAAAGAAGCAAGUGGAAAGUUACCAAACAGUGUCAACCACCUGGAUGAAGAGGACUGGCGAAAUAGCGCACAAAGCAACGACCAUGCGUACCAACAGGAAAAUGAAGUCCUCUUCAGUGAGAUCAAAAAGACGUUUAAAAAAUACGCCGUGUGUAACACACAGAUUGUUGAAAUGUACGAACAUAUUCUGGACCUUUUCGAGGAAUACAAGUUACUAAAGGAUCAAUCAGGACAGGCGAAAAGUUUAGAAAAAAAUUACAAAAACAAGUAUAUCGAAUUGAAGCAGAUCAAAAGGAAGAGGACGAAAGAACUUGUCACCUGUGCAAGCUUCUUUAGAUUUUUCUACCACAUGAUGAAGCUCAUCAAGGUGAAAGGCAAUCUGUUGGACAACGCAUUAGCAGAGUCCUCCGAAAUUGACGUCACUUUUUUUAUUGUCUACCAGAAUUUGAAGUUAUACCUUUACAGGAAGUACUACGAAAAUUACAAACUCAUUUUUAUUAAGGAUUAUAUUUACAACGUGAAAUAUUACAAACGGAAAAAAGAGGGGGAUAAAAAUGAGUUGGUUAAACAGUUGGUGACCGAUGGUGUUGUCCCGAAUGGACAAUUCGUGCAUGACUCCUCCCCCUUUAACGAACACCUUAUCAAUGAGAUAAAUGACCCCAAUGGGUUCAACGACACGCGUGUGCAUUACAUGUUCGACGGGUUUUCUAGCAAUUACUCGACCGAUUCUUCGGCGUCCUCCAAUUGGGGGGAGGCCAAUACAGAUGCAGUGAGGAAUGACCAAGAACCUGCAUCAAAAAAGAAGAAGCGGAAGGAAGACAAGCAAAAGUACUUCCAAACAUCCAAGAUGAAAGAAUUGAAGAAGAGGUACCUCACAGCGGUUGGAAACAUCCUCAAAGACGUCCAUUCCCAUUUUGCCAAUUUUAAAAAUGCUAUAAAAUAUUUUUAUCUGCUCAAAUUACACAACGAAGAUUUUUACGUAACACACAGUUGCAUGUCCUUAUUUGAUCCUAUUUUUUUUUUUUUUGCAAAAUGGGAGUUGCUCUUUUGGGAUCCUCUCUACCAAUUUUAUCAGACCAGAAGGAAAAAAAGGAAGCUACUCUCCUUGGUCGAAGAUUUAAUUGGGGAGAGCCACUCGGGGGAAAUGCAUGCCAAGUUUGUGCAACUCUACAGAAAUGACGAUUUUAUCAAUGCGAAUAACGUUCCUCGGGGGAAGAAACAGUUCGUGUCCCCUGCGUUGAAUUGGACAUAUGGAGAUGACACCGCCAAUUCGUCACACGAGGUGGACGAAGCAGCUACCCCUGUGGACCCCUUCCCACGGGACCCAUCCACCGAAAACGAGAUCGAUCGUAGUACGCACUCGUCCGAAUCGAAGGACGCGCUUUCUUCCACGAGUUCGAGCGCCGCCGUGGGGGGAGGACCUGCAGCGGUGGGUGAAUCACCAUUCGGGGAAAAACAGCCUAUCCGGGAAAAAUCACCAAUCGGGGAAAAAAAACCCUUGGGGAAAAAGAAAAAAUACAAACCCGCGAAGAAACACUUCCACAACAACCCCAGCGUAAAAAGCUUCGAGUGGUACAAAUUCAUGGACGAGCUCAUGUAUAUCUACCAAGUGGACGACGAAAAGGAAGUCCUGAAAAAGUUGUACGACAAAAUUUUUAACAAUAAGGUGCACGAAUUAGUGGAGGCAUGGAAUCCCCUAUCCUUGAAGCAAAGCUACAAUUUGUGCGUAAUCCUGGCGGAGUACCUCCUCUACAAUGAGGACCGGAAGGAGGUUACCGAUAUGGUGAAAGAAAAGAUAAACAGCUGCGUGUUUACAUUUUUCGAGGGCUAUAAAAAUAUAAGUAGCCAAAAAAAAAAAAACAUCUUCCUAAUGAGGUGUUUAAAAAUAUUAAAAAGUGUAAGAGGCAUCCUCCAUAUGCUGAGUGACGAUGCCCUGCACGAUUUUGUUAAAAAAAUAUUUUACAACUUUGUCCUCACAAAUUACGAUUAUUCCAGCAAAUUACACAAUUUGAUUGUGUCAGCCGUGGUGCACAUAAUCCUCUCUCUGGGUGUUCCAAAGGAGAGUAAAUUUUUCGAAGACAUUUCCAGUGUGUUGUGUGGCAUCACGGAUAGGCUGCGCUCGGGCGACUUCGACUACGGGAAGUUCAAGGUGGAAAAUUAG